GCGGCGGCGGUAGCGCUCCGGCGAGAAUACGGGAGGAUGGCGGCGGCAGCGGAAGGCUGCAGCCCGCACGCCAUGACCGGGAGCCCGAAGAAGGGUUUGCGCCAAGAGCGAACGAGGAACUUUUAUAAGACUGCGCAGUUUAGUUCAGUACCUUCGGGGACUUGGUGCCGUCUAGUCAUCUAGAUGCCGCCGCUGCCGCAGAUUCCUCUCCACGCGCGUGCCCCGCUCUCCUCCACUGCCGCUCACCACCUGCUCGACAGAAUCCCGCGCCCAACAAGCACCUUGCCUCUUCUCGCCUCCUCCCCCGCCGCGUUCACGGCAGCCGUCCCGUCGUCCGUCCCGGCCAACCUCCCGGCGCUCCACGGUCUCGCCAUUGCCUCCGGCCUCGACGCCUUCUCCUUCGUGACCAACUCCCUCGCCGCGCGCUACGCCAAGUCCGCCUCGUCGUUCCCGUCGGCGGCCAAGGUUUUCCACACGGCCCGGGCGCGGGAUGUCAGCUCCUACAACACCAUCCUCUCCGCGCUCCCGGACCGCGGCGAGGCGCUCGCGUUCGCGGCAUGGAUGCUCCGGUCCGGCGACGUGCGGCCCGACGCCGUCACGCUCACCGUCGCGCUGUCGCUCGCGGCCAGCCGCGGGGAGGCCGACGGGGUUUGGAUCGUGCGGCAGCUCCACGCGCUGGCGUCGCGGUCCGGGCUCGUCGCCGACGUGUUCGUCGGCAACGCGCUCGUCACGGCCUACUCCCGGGGAGCGCUCCUCGGCGCCGCCAGGAGGGUGUUCGACGAAAUGCCGGCGAGGGACCUCGUGUCCUGGAACGCGAUGAUCUGCGGGCUCGCGCAAGACGGCGACUGCCCGACGGAAGUGAUUCUUGUGUUCCUUCGGUUGCUGAAGGAUGGCGGCGCUGCUGUCCGGCCUGACCGGAUAUCCGUCUGCAGCGUGAUCCCGGCUUGCGGCAGCGAGGGGAAGAUCGAGCUCGGCCGGCAGGUUCACAGCUUCACGGUGAAGCUCGGCGUUGAGGGCAAGGUCUCCAUCGGCAAUGUGCUCGUCGCGAUGUACUACAAGUCCGGCGCCGCUGGGUGCGCCAGGAAGCUCCUGAAGUCCAUGGACGAGCGCGACGUCAUCUCGUGGACCACGGCCAUUUCGAUGGACGGGGAAGAAGACGCCAUCGAGCUGUUCAAUGGCAUGAGGCAAGACGGCGUGCCGCCGAACGAGGUCACCUUCGUGGCGCUGAUGUCGGCAUUGGCGGCAGGCUGCCCAGCGAGGUACGGGCAGAUGAUCCACACUGUGUGCCUCAAGACCGGCGUGUCAGACGAGGCGGCCGCGGCGAACAGCCUCAUCACCAUGUACGCCAAGCUGCGGCGCAUGGACGACGCCCGAACGGUGUUCGAUCGCAUGCCUCGGCCGGAGAUCAUCGCUUGGAAUGCUCUGAUCUCUGGCUACGCACAGAAUGAGCUAUGCAACGAAGCUCUCCAGGUCUUCUCGUGCAUGGUCAGGUGCUUGAGACCCAACGAGACAACAUUUGCAAGCGUGCUCAGCGCGGUCACCGCCGUAGAGACAGUCUCCAUGGCUUACGGCGAGAUGUACCACUGCCAGAGUCUGAAGCUUGGGCUUAAGGUCAGCGAGUACGUCUCUGGCGCUCUCAUCGACAUGUACGCGAAGCGUGGCAGCUUGGAGGAGUCCCGGAAGGCGUUCGAUGUGACAGUCCACCGGAGCCUCAUUGCCUGGACAGCGAUCAUCUCUGCUCACGCAAAGCACGGGAACUAUGACACCGUCAUGAACCUCUUCGACGACAUGGUGUGCUCCGGUGUUGCUCCGGACGGCGUCGUGCUGCUAUCUGUCCUCACAGCCUGCCGCCACAGCGGGGCGGUCAACACGGGGCGUGAGAUCUUCGACUCGAUGCCUGCCGAGCACCACGUCGAGCCGUGGCCAGAACAUUACGCGUGCGUCAUCGACAUGUUAGGUCGGGCAGGCCGGCUGGAGGAAGCCGAGGAGCUCAUGCUACAGAUGCCGACCGGGCCGAGCGUCUCGGCUCUGCAGAGCUUGCUGGGAGCCUGCCGCAUCCAUGGCAACACGAGCAUCGCCGAGAGGGUCGCCGGCAUCCUGACAGAGACUGAGCCGACGGAGUCCGGCGCAUACGUGUUGCUGUCCAACAUCUACGCCGAGAAGGGGGACUGGGGAGGCGUGGCAAAGGUGAGAAGGGAGAUGAGGGAGAAGGGCGUGAGGAAGGAGAUUGGGUUCAGCUGGGUGGACUUCGGUGCUGGCGAGUCCCUGCAUUUGCACAAGUUUUCGUCAGAUGAUACGACGCAUCCGUGCACGGAAGAGAUAUACAGAGUGGCCGAGGGGUUAGGCUUGGAGACGAAACUACUGAAGAACUGUUUGCACAUGGAAAUGGAGAGCAUUUUCUGAUGUCUCAAACUCUUAAUUUCGUUUAGGGUUUAGAGAUUAAUUGUGUAUUCUCCAAAACGUUUUCGUUCAAGAUUAGCUCUAGAUUAUCUUACGCAGCACUGAAUGUGUAAAACUGGCAAAAUGUAUGUACUCCCUUCGACUGGAAUUACAUGUCGAAAUAUUACAUGUACUAGCUUUGGUACUA